AUGGUCACCACAAGCACAAGCGACCAGAUGGAAGCAGCAUCGGCAGUCGCGGUCAACAAUAUGUCGGUCACGUCGCUCGUCGAGGCCAACGGCACAUCGUCAGCGUCAAUGCUGUUGCUGCCUCGAAUCACGGCGUCGAAUUCCCCAGAAUAUCGCCAUCGGCUCGCCGAGAUCACGUCGCGCGCGACUCUCAGCGACCCAUUGAAUAUUGUCUUCCAGCAAGAAAAGACGGGCAGGGCGACGACUGUGACGCCAGACCUCCUCUACGUCGGCGCCAAAAGACGCAUUGAAACCAAGGUCGCCGCCGGAGCGACGGUGGUAGAGGCAGCCAACUUUGCCGCCGUGGCAUGCUGGGAGCCUCCAUCUUCCAACCAGCCACCGUUCACGGAGGCCCAGUUUGCAGAGAUGGCACGGGAGAGGCCCGUCUUUGCACAGUUUGCGCGAGACAUUCAGGAGGCGAAACUGGCUUGUCUGGGCGCCCACCAGCCAUAUUGGACGCUCUCGUUGAUGGCGCGGGAUCCCGAGCGCAAGGACAAGGGCGCGGUCAGAGCCGUCAUCGAACCAUACGUCAAGCGAGCCAAGCAGGAGAAGUUGCCGCUCUGGCUGGUGGCAGGGAACCCGAGGGCGCGGGACGUCUAUGCGUAUUUUGGGUUCCGGGUCGUCAAGGUCAUCUGGUCGUAUCCCAGGGAGAGGAACGACGGCGACGAGGGCGUGUCGACGUGGUGCAUGGUCUGCAACUGGCCGGUGGAGUAG